GUUGUUUCCGGUCGGGCUCAGUUCCUCGGCGUCUCUCCAUGUGUCCUCUCUCUCCGUUCAGCUCCGUCUCUCCGGUUCGUCUGUUUCUUCGUUAGUUUUCGGCUUUUAUCCGGUAGAAUCCUCCGUUUUUACCGGUCAUGCCGAGCGGCGGGAGUUCUUUGUUCUCCGGGUUCCGGGUUCUGGGACUUUAUUCCAACCACGUGCCGCACGCGCUCAGGUACCACAAGAAGCACCGGGAGUUUUACCUGGUGACGGCGGUCGGGAAAUGUUUCCACACGUACAACGUGAACAGGUUGGGGAUCGUCUCAGUCAGUAACAGCCUUUCAGAUGACAUCAGCUGCGUGGCAGCCGACCGGAUGUUGGUGUUCGCCGCCGCCGGUCGCCUCAUCUGCGCCUUCGCCAGGAACAAAGAGGUGGUGAUGCGUUACCAUGGACACAGACAGGAAGUGCGUCUGCUGCUUCCUCUGGGCGAUCAGCUGAUCUCUGCUGACAGCGCUGGUGAUGUCAUCGUGUGGGAUGUCCAGGGAGGAGAUGUUUACCUGCGACUGCAGUUUGACCCCGUGACCUUCGCCUUGUCGGCCAUGAUGCACCCCAGCACCUACCUGAACAAGGUGCUGCUGGGAAGCUCCCAGGGUGCACUGCAGCUCUGGAACAUCAAGACCAGUAAGUUGUUGUUUACGUUCCCUGGAUGGUCAGCAGGAGUCACUGUUCUACAGCAGAGUCCCGCAGUGGACGUGGUCGGUGUCGGCACGGCAACCGGUCGAAUCAUCAUCCACAACAUCCGAUUGGACGAGACGCUGAUGAGCUUCACACAGGACUGGGGACCAAUCAGCUCACUCGCUUUCAGAACAGACGGCCCCCCCAUUCUGGCAUCCGGCAGUCCUCAGGGCCACAUUGCAUUCUGGGACCUGGAGCGCCGGCAGCUGGUCACUCAGCAGAGACACGCCCACAGCACAGCUGUCGCCGCGGCAACCUUCCUGCACGGAGAGCCGCUAUUAGUCACUAACGGCGCCGACAACGCCAUCAAGGUGUGGAUAUUUGACCUGGAGGGGGGCGGAGCCAGAUUGCUGCGGAGUCGUCAGGGCCACAGUGCUCCUCCCACCACCAUCCAUCACCAUGGCAACGAUGGAAAGAACAUCCUCAGUGCUGGUCAGGACGGGACGCUGCAGUCUUUCUCCACCGUCCACGAGCGCUUCAACAAGAACCUGGGUCACGGUUCCAUCAACAAGAAGAAGGAGCAGAAGAAGAAGAAGGGGCUGUCCUACGAGGAGCUACGACUUCCUGCUGUCACAGCGUUCUCCUCUGCCGCCGCUCGCCAGUCAGAUUGGGACGGCAUCGUCGCGUGUCAUCGGGGUCGCCUGGCAACCACCACGUGGAACUACCAGCGGUGCACCAUGGGAGCUCACCAUUUGCAGCCGCCUGUAACUGGCAGGGAUGCCAUCGCUACGGUUGUCGACAUCACUUCCUGUGGAAACUUUGCUGUGAUUGGCUCAUCGUGUGGCCGCGUCGACGUCUACAACCUGCAGUCCGGCCUGCACCGCGGUUGCUAUGGCAACGAUGUGAAAGCUCACAGCGGGGCGGUGCGAGGCGUCGCCACGGAUACCCUGAACCAGCUGACGCUCACCGCAGGCUCUGAUUGGCUGCUCAAGUUCUGGCGCUUCAAGACCAGGAAACAGGAAGAGCAGCUGAAGCUAAACGCUGCGCCGGCUACCAUGAUGCUACAUAGAGACAGCGGGAUGUUAGCAUUAGCACUGGAUGACUUCACGCUGCUGGUGGUCGACAUAGAAACCAGGCGGGUCGUCAGGAAGUUUGCAGGUCACCAUGGCAACAUCAACGACAUGACUUUCAGCCCUGACGGCCGCUGGCUGGUUACCGUGGCGAUGGACUGCACCAUCCGUACCUGGGACCUCCCCUCCGGAUGUCUGGUCGACUGUUUCCUGGUUGCCAUGGCGCCGGUGGGUGUGUCCUUGUCACCAACCGGAGACUUCCUGGCAACGGCUCAUGUUGACAGUCUGGGCGUUUACCUCUGGACCAAUAAGAGCCUGUGUGGACCAGUGGGGCUCCGCCCCCUCCCAGCUGACUACCAACCAGCCGUGGAGACGCUGCCGGGGGUCACGGUGGACGAGUCAGAACAGGAAGUGACAUCAGAGGAGGUCGAUGAUACCUACGAGUCAGCUGAUCAGUUGGGGGCGGAGCUUGUGACUCUGUCUCUGCUGCCGGAGUCUCGAUGGAAAAGUCUGCUGCACCUGGACACCAUCAAGAGGAGGAAUAAACCUGUAGCGCCGCCUGUUGCUCCGGCGGCUGCUCCCUUCUUCCUGCCAACACUUCCUGGUCUCACACCUCAAUUUGCGUCGCCCACGGCAACCGAUCAGGAAGCACAGUCCAAGCUGUUGCCGUGGGGUUCGCUGUCUCAGAGGUCAGAGUUCAGUUCUGAUCUGGAGUCGGCUCUGCAGUCGGGAUCAUUCGAUCGCCCGCUGCAGCUCCUGAAGGAUUGUGGGCCGUCGGCGCUCUCGGUCGAGCUCACCUGUCUGACAUCAGAGGGGGGUGGGGCCAACAGCCUCCUGCUCGCCUUCAUUCAAAUGAUUGACAGCAUGUUGACCAGUGGGCGGGACUUUGACCUGGCUCACGCCUACCUGGCGCUCUUCCUGAAGCUCCACCUCCGCUCGCUGUCACAGGACUCUGUCGCCAUGGCAGCAUUGUUCCGUCUCUCCUCCCGCCUGGAGGCGGGGUGGGCGGAGCUACAGGCAACAUUCGACCAAUCGCUGUGUCUGCUGUCGUAUGCUAAGAGCGCACUGCUGUGACACACACACACACACACACAGUUUUAUUUUGUAUUAAACUUGUUGAUGUUGAA